AUGCUGGGUUUGUUCUCACUCAGUUGAAGGGAGUUACUUUUUUUUCCUUUAUUUUUUUUUUUUUCCCCCUCUUCUCUUUCUCCCAGCUCACCUUUUCUAUGAAUGCUUGCUCAGCGAGGGCGCAUUUGUUGGCCCAUCUAAUUUUGUGGAGCACCUCAUUUUCAGCCCUUUUUGCUGGGUGUCUUCUUCCAAAUGAAGUUGAAUGGAUGGAAGUGGGACUUUUCACUUAACAGAUACCAUUCCGUGUGCUGGGGAGGAGAAGCGGGUCGGUACACGAACUGUGGUGGUUGGGCACCGGCCUGUUUCAGAGGCGGAUGCCUACGUGGCACAGAAGUUCUGCGACAACAGGAUUGUCUCCUCCAAGUACACAGUGUGGAACUUCCUCCCGAAAAACCUCUUUGAGCAGUUCAGGAGAAUUGCCAACUUCUACUUCCUCAUCAUCUUCCUUGUGCAGGUGAUAGUGGACACCCCAACCAGCCCGGUAACCAGCGGCCUUCCGCUCUUCUUCGUGAUCACUGUCACAGCCAUCAAACAGGGGUACGAAGACUGGUUGAGACACAGAGCUGACAAUGAAGUGAACAAGAGUAAUGUCUUCAUUAUUGAAAAUGCGAAGCAAGUGCAGAAAGAGAGCGAAAAAAUCAAGGUUGGAGACAUAGUAGAAGUGAAAGCAGAUGAGACCUUCCCCUGUGACUUGAUAUUUUUGGCCUCAAGUAGCACUGAUGGGACCUGUUACGUCACUACAGCGAGUCUGGAUGGCGAGUCAAAUUUCAAGACUCACUACGCAGUGCGGGACACCACCGUGCUCUGCACGGAUGAAGCCAUAGACUCCCUCACAGCCACGAUCGAGUGUGAGCAGCCACAGCCAGACCUCUACAAAUUUGUUGGAAGGAUCAUCAUGUACAGAAGCAACCAAGAGCCUGUAGCCAGGUCUUUGGGUCCUGAAAACUUGUUGCUGAAAGGUGCUACCCUCAAAAAUACCAAGAAGAUUUAUGGAGUGGCAGUCUACACUGGAAUGGAAACAAAAAUGGCUUUGAACUACCAAGGGAAAUCUCAGAAACGCUCUGCUGUGGAAAAAUCUAUCAACGCUUUCUUGAUAGUGUACUUAUGCAUCCUAUUGAGCAAAGCUACUGUGUGCACGACUCUGAAAUAUGUCUGGCAGAGUAAUCCAUUUAACGAUGAGCCUUGGUACAAUGAAAAGACUAAAAAAGAGAGAGAGACAUUCAAGGUGUUGCGGAUGUUCACAGACUUCUUGUCCUUUAUGGUCCUCUUCAAUUUUAUUAUCCCAGUUUCCAUGUAUGUUACAGUAGAGAUGCAGAAGUUCUUGGGCUCCUUCUUCAUCUCUUGGGACAAAGAGAUGUACGAUGAAGAAAUAAAAGAAGGAGCGUUGGUGAACACCUCAGACCUCAACGAGGAGCUCGGACAGGUGGAGUUUGUCUUCACUGACAAAACGGGGACACUGACGGAGAACAGCAUGGAGUUCAUUGAGUGCUGUAUAGAUGGGCACAAGUACAAGGACUGCAUUUCGGAGGUUGAUGGCUAUUCUCAGACUGACGGACCCCUAAAAUGCUAUGGCAAAGCAGAAAAGAGCCGAGAGGAGCUGUUCCUGCGAGCCCUCUGCCUGUGCCACACCGUUCGGAUCAAACAAGCAGACCAGGUGGACGGGCUGAUAGGACAUCCUGAGUGCAAAAACACCUACAUCUCCUCUUCCCCAGAUGAAAUCGCUUUGGUGAAAGGCGCUGAAAAGUAUGGUUUCACUUUUCUAGGACUCGAAAAUGAUUUCAUGAAAAUCCGAAACCAAAAGAAUGAAACUGAAAUGUAUCAGCUUCUCCAUACGCUGAACUUUGACCCUGUCCGUCGCCGUAUGAGUGUCAUUGUGAGAACCACCUCAGGAAAGCUGCUUCUCUUCUGUAAAGGAGCAGACUCCUCCGUUUUUCCAAGAGUGCAGCAAGAGGAAAUCCAACAAACUAAAGUCCACGUGGACCGCAAUGCUAUGGAUGGCUACCGAACACUUUGUGUGGCAUUCAAGGAACUAACUCAGAAGGAGUAUGACAGGAUUGACCGGCAGCUUAAUGAAGCAAAGAUGGCUCUGCAGGACAGGGAAGAAAAGAUGGCACAGGUUUUUGAAGACACAGAAGCAGACAUGCACUUGAUUGGGGCGACUGCUGUAGAAGACAGGCUGCAGGAACAGUCAGCGGAGACGAUCGAAGCUCUGCAUGCUGCUGGAAUGAAGGUGUGGGUACUGACAGGGGACAAGAUGGAGACUGCCAAGUCCACCUGCUAUGCUUGCAGGCUCUUCCAGACCAGCACCGAGCUGCUGGAGCUGACAGCCAGGGUGGUGGGUGAGUGUGAGAGGAAGGAGGACCGGCUGCACGAGCUGCUGAUGGACUACCACAAAAGGCUGAUCCAGGAUGUUCCCAAACCCCGGGGUAGCCUGAAGAGAAGCUGGACACUGAGUCAAGAAUACGGCUUGAUUAUAGACGGCUCAACGCUGUCGCUGAUACUCAAUCCUUCUCAGGAUUCCAGUUCUAGUCAUUACAAAAACAUAUUUCUACAAAUCUGCCUGAAAUGUACUGCAGUUCUGUGCUGCCGAAUGGCUCCUCUGCAGAAAGCACAGAUUGUGCGCAUGGUGAAGAACACAAAAGGGAGCCCGAUAACACUAUCGGUAGGGGACGGUGCCAAUGAUGUUAGUAUGAUUUUGGAAGCACAUGUUGGAAUAGGUAUAAAAGGCAAAGAAGGACGUCAGGCUGCAAGAAACAGUGACUACGCUGUUCCAAAGUUUAAACACUUAAGAAAAUUGCUACUAGCACAUGGGCAUUUAUAUUAUGUGAGAAUAGCACACCUUGUACAGUAUUUCUUCUAUAAGAACCUUUGCUUCAUUUUACCACAAUUUUUAUACCAGUUCUUCUGUGGAUUCUCACAGCAGCCACUGUACGAUGCUGCUUACCUUACCAUGUACAACAUCUGUUUCACAUCUCUCCCCAUCCUGGCUUACAGCCUCCUGGAGCAGCACAUCAACAUUGACACACUGACCUCAGAUCCACAGCUGUAUAUGAAAGUUUCUGACAACGCCAUGCUGCAGUGGAGGCCUUUUUUGUACUGGACCUUCCUGGGCGCCUUUGAAGGACUCGUGUUUUUCUUUGGGGUUUAUUUUCUUUUUCAAAAUUCAUCGUUGGAAGAUAAUGGAAAGGUUUUUGGAAACUGGACCUUCGGGACGAUCGUUUUCACUGUGCUGGUGUUCACCGUCACUCUCAAGCUAGCUUUAGACACUCGAUUCUGGACGUGGAUGAACCACUUUGUGAUCUGGGGUUCCCUUGCCUUCUAUGUGUUUUUCUCGUUCUUUUGGGGAGGAGUCAUUUGGCCUUUCUUGAAACAACAAAGAAUGUAUUUUGUAUUUGCUCACAUGCUGACUUCUGUUUCCACGUGGCUGGCAAUAAUUCUGCUGAUCUUUAUCAGCCUUUUCCCAGAAAUUCUUCUAAUAGUUUUAAAAAGUAUAAAAGAGAGAAGUCAUCAGACUGGCAUCUUUGAUCUGCCUAUAUUAGUGUCAUACAAACGUAUAGAGAAUGGUUAUGUGAAGACUGAAGAUGCUCUUACUAAUCUGGCAGAAAGAUAUCCUCUCAGGAUACUUUAAAAUGCUCCAUCCAAAUAGUGCAAUUGUUAUCCUGCAGGAAAAUGUACCGGUUCUGUUGAGUAUUACCAAGCUCUGUAAGCAGCCAUGCUGACAAAGCAGUAGCCAGGCACUGGCCACAGUAGCUGUUCAUCUUUGGUCUUGUUGCUUCCCCCCUGAAAAAAAAAAAAAGAAAAGAAAAACAUAAUUCUGCCAACUCAGAAGUCUAUGUAAUUGGAGACUGAGAAAGCAUCUUUUGGAAUUCUUCAAAAGCAGCAUGAUCAGAGUGAGAGCAAUGCCUCCCCACGUCACACGGGGGCUUCCUCCGACCGCUGCAGCUCUGCCCGAGAGCAGCAGGGAGCUGCCGAAGCCUCUUGCUUUGCCUGACCAAAGAAGUAGCACAGACUCUGAGCCCAGGUGCUGGGCAUCCUCCUGCAGCUGCUCGCUCCUCCGUGCUGCCGGGCUUUCUCUUGGCAAAAGGUGAAGGAAGGAAACGUGCCAGGACUGCUUGUGGUGAAAGGAAAUUUCAUGGGGAGGGAAGAGCCUGAAUGCUGGGCUGUGCCACGCUUCCAGCCCAGCUCUCCUGGUUGCUGUGGCUGUGCUGACAUUAGUGCAGUGAGCAGCUGCCAAAAUGCUGCGGAUUUCUGGUGGCAGUGUGUCCUCAGCCAGCUGCAGGGACGUGGAUGGUGCCAGUGAACUUGUGGGCAUCACACUGCAUCUUGAGUUAUUUGCACUAAGAAAAAAGAAGUCGGUUUUAAAAUAAAAGGAAUACGUGCAUUCAUUUUACACUUAAUUUGGUUUUUAAUUGGCAUGUUCUUUUUAAAUCUACCUUUAGCAAGGACUUCUACCUUUAGGUUGGUGCAGCAGAGAUGAGGUGCCCGACCCUCAGACUUCUCAGACGUCCAUGUGUGGAACAAGCAGCUUUUUCACUGUCUUGAACCCUGAGCAGUUUUGGAGUGCCCUGCGUUCCAGCACCCUGCAUGGGAAGGUGCUCUUUGCACUGCCCGCCCCUGGCCCUGCUGGGGGCUGCCGUGGAAAUGCUGUGGUGAGCGCUCACUCACCUCUGCCUGCAGCAGAUUCUGCUUCGCUUCUGUGUGAAGAAGUGAUGAUUUAUAGCCAGAUCAAUCAUUCCCUUCUUCAGAUUUUGCUAAAGAACGGACUGUUAGUUGUCUGAAGAAUCAAGUCUCGUGCCGUCUGGCUGCGGAACUCAUGGUUGGUGCUGUGAAAACAGGGUGUGGAUCAGCUGCAGGCAUGCCUGCAUACACAAGUUCUCAGCUGUGUGGGAGAGGGCUGCAAGUGCGAGGAGCAGAGGGGUAUGCACAGCCCUGUGGCUGCCCUGCAGGACAUGGACAGGUCUGCUGUAUUAUUUACUCUGCACCAGCCCAACGCCAGCGCGGUCACCUCGACAGUGACUGCAGUUCCACCCCUUGCUGCAUGCAAGCCAGGAGCUGUGCUCCCAGCAUGUGUCCCAUGGGCAAAGCUUUUUUUUCUUUUUUCUAGCUCGUCUCACGGAUCUACCAUUCAACUUGCAGCCCUUGCCCGAUUCUCAACUUCUACUGCUAAAAUGUCUGGUGCCUGGAGAUCAAGUAUGCGAUGAAUACAAUGAAGAUGCUCUGUAUGCCAAAUCUAACCUUUCUCCUUAAAUAUACAGUUGCUGACUUGUGUUUACAUAACCUUUAAAACACAGGCGCUGAAAAAUGCAAUUCCUGUGAUUCAAAACCAUUCCAAGCCCUGGUGGUCCCAAGCCUGACAGCCCGCUUCUCAGUUUGCUUUAUCUUGUGUUCUUCUUGGGUCAAAUUCUCUUCCUGUGAGAUGCAGCUGGAAGCCUUGCUGUUAGGUUAGGGGGAACACGGACGUGUGAUGUCCAAAUAAAGCCACUGCACCAGGCCAAUGGCUGCAGCCUGUGCUGAGAUAAAGCCUUCUUGGAACCAAAUUUCUAUUGUCAUUUCCAAGUGCCCGAUAUCAGUCUGGAGCAAACUGUUGCUGCUGCUGUGCAUCCAACUCCCAAGGCAUGCAUGCUGAAAAGUAAGUUGGUACUAAUGGGAAAUGUUAUGAAUAGCAGCUCCUUUGGGGAAAAGCAGGUUUUCUUGGGCUUGGAUCUCCAGCUAGUACACAGGUGUAGCUCCACAGACCAGCAGAGGAGCUGACCCUAUUUUAGCAGCAAGAGCAGAAUGGAAAUUUUGUAGAUGUAUCAUGAAAUCAGGAGAAACAGGAAAUCUAUGCUGGAGUCAUGAGAAGGCAAAGGAAGAUGGUGGUACCAGCUGGAGGGCAUCAGCCAGCAGGACGGGGAAGCAGCAGUAACGGGGUGGUAAUGCUGUGAUCAUUAUUCAGAUGCCGUAAGGUGAGCUGCACUGUUACGGUGCUCGUUAGGGAGCUGAAAGGCCAGUACAGGCUUAUCGGUGGGGAAACCUGAAGGAAAACGGCUGGGGGUCUUCAGAUUAAUCCCCUGAAGUUUAUUCACUGGCUAGUGACACUGAAAGAUAAGCAAAGUAAUGAAGAUUCCCUCUAAAAAUGUAAUGUGAUAAUGGAAAAACGUGGUGUAGUCAUAGCUGCUUGUCAAAAACUAAUCCUAAUUGUCAUGAGAAUAUUAUAAAUGACUUGGAAUUGCGUACAGGCUUGAAAUUGAAUUUGUAUAAACACUGUUGAAAACCUUACCUAAUACUGCACCAUUCAUCCGAUUUCCCAGCUAUGGAUUUUUUUUUAAAUACAAACAUGCAGUGUAUACAAAGUGUAAAUUAUAUACAGGCAAUGAGAAGAUACAUUUUCAGCUUCUUGCAAAAAAAAAAAAAAAAAAGGACUGCGACCUUACAUUUUUUUCACUUUAAUGCAAUUUUAUACAUUUAUGUUGCUUUAUAUAAAAGAAACUGAAUGUGAAUGUUACCUUUUAUGAAUGCAACUUGCUCUUUUUUCAUUACGGAAACUUAUGUUUGAAGUAAUCAAUAAACUUUGGUAUGUUGUUCUGAUUAA